GUAGAUCCGUUGCUUGAAAUCUCUCUUGCUAUCAUCUUAAAACUAAACAAAAAAAGUCAUCGAAAAAGAAUAAAAUCUUCCAGAGCUGCUAAAUCCAUUUGUAUGGCGUUUCCUCUUCGUGUCUAAGAGUGCUUCAUUUCCAUUUCCUCUUCUGGAAGGCUACAGAAAAAUAUACAAGGAAACAUAAGGGAGGGUUGAUGUUUUGUGAGAUUGAUCUAAGCUUUCCUCGGAAGAUCUUACAUAUCCUUAACAAGGAGAAAAAUGGAUGAAAACAACGCAGGAAAGUUAACCGGGAUCAAGCAGAUUGUGAGGCUAAAGGAGAUUCUGCAAAAAUGGCAAAGUGUCACAAUAGGUUCAAAGUCAGAUGAUACCGAGUUAGGAGCAAGAAAGCACACAGCCAUCAUUUCUCCUGUUAUCAACCAGAGGCUAUUUGAUAUGAAGACAUGUGAUUCGGAUGAGGAAACUAGCCAAAGUCCUGAGCCACCUUCUGAUGUCCCUGAAGGGUAUUUGGCGGUCUAUGUUGGACCCGAGCUCCGGAGAUUUAUAAUUCCUACAAACUUUCUAAGCCAUUCUCUGUUCAAGGUCUUGCUUGAGAAAGCUGAGGAAGAAUACGGAUUUGAUCAUAGCGGCGCCUUAACCAUACCUUGCGAGGUCGAGACUUUCAAGUACUUACUUAACUGCAUUGAGAAUCAUCCUAAAGAUGACACCUCAGCUGGAGAUACAGUGGAAACGGACGAGUAAAUAACAAGUAUAAUAUAAAAUUCUUCCUUUUAUCCUUCAUAAGUACUCAACUUGUAUUAGUGCUAAUGACUCUCAUAUCGGACUGGUAAUUGUCAAAUCAGUCUUUGUAUUUUCCUGAUAAUUUAUUUCUUCUACUCUCCAUUGUU